UAUUAUCACCUUAUUGACCAUUAUUUUGAGUUUGUUGGUGUACGCUUUACUAAAGUUACGUAACCGUCAUCGUGCUGGGGCGAUACUGCACCAACUCUAUAACCCCAUGGUUGACCACGAUGGAAUACUCAAAAGGAGACUUGAUCCCUUUGAGAAAGCGAUGUUCUACAUGUCCAGCGAAGGAAAAGAAGGUUCUGGUAUUGAUGUUACAGUCUUGCUCAUUAACUCACAAGUUUCUUUGGAUGCCAGCUUGGUGCAGAGAGCCCUUUCUCUUCUUAAUGAGCGUUACCCUCUGUUACGUAUGUAUGCGAAUCCAUGAAGACUCGAACAAUAAUCUUUGGUUCAAAGAAAUGGAGGAUAAAUCUCGAAUCAUAUUCAAGACUAUAAAGGAAACUGCUCGCAACUGGGAAGGGAUCUUUGAACAAGAAAGUCAAAGAUCUUUUGAUAUGGGAAAUGGCCCUCUGUGGAGAGUUACAAUGCUGCAAGAAUUCUUUGACUCCGAUAAGAGACACUAUGAAAACUGCUUGAUAUUUACAUUCCAUCACAUUAUCUGUGAUGGAGGUUCAAUUAUGGCGCUCUAUUCUCAAUUUUUAGAGUAUGUCAACGACUUAAAAGCCGGAAAAAACGUAGAGGUCGAGAGCAUGAAGCUGUUAGAGCCCUGUCUUUCUCUAAUGAGUCACAAGAUUCAGGCUACCUUUCUUGAGAAAACUUUAUUUUAUUUUCUGCCAUUUGUUUUGAGAGUUAGAAGCUUAUUUUUCAAACCAAAGAAGAAUUCCUUCUUGGAAGUCUUCCCCCCAGUGAUCUUGCAGAACCCCUCUGUUGAGAAAAAGACUGUGGUAAUCCCAAGGGUAAUAAAGGCAGAUGAAAUGUCUAAAAUAAUCAAGAGCAGUAAACAACAUAAAUGUACUAUUCAUGGUACCAUUACUGCUGCAACUCAUCUAGCCAUGGCACAGAUCCUGCAGUCGGGCACUGGUAAUACGUUACCAGAUCCUGUAUCAUUUACGAGUUCCUUCAAUGUUUCAUUGAGGAAAGAAUGCCAACCUGAAGUUAACAUGAAGGAAUUCGGCUGUUUCAUUUCAGUAAACAUGAUGRAUAUUCCAACCCCAUGUGCAGGCAUCACCAAAGAAGUGUUCUGGAAAUUUGCACAAGAGUGUAAUAAAAUGGUCCAAAGCAAGGUUGCUACAAAAGAGCACCAUAAAUUCCUUAAGAUGUUUGCAAAUGCUGAUGUUAAAUCAUUGUUCGCUAGCAUGAUAAACAAUGAUGAAAGUAAUGGUGGAAGGUAUGACAACAUGUUCAACAUUUCCAAUCGAGGGCGAUUCAGCAUUGGCGAAGAUGAAGAUGAUUGGCAGUACAAGUUUGCAGGUACCUACUUUGCAAUGGCUGAGCAGCAUGCUGGUCCACCUUUGGCCAACUGUGUUGUUUCUGUCAAUGGAAACCUUUACUGGGGUUUGAUUUACUACCUGAACAUUACGACCAGGAAGCAAGCAGAAGAGUUUAUUGACUUAUCCUUAAACAUUCUGAGAGAGGCUUCUGCAUCUGUUUAGAUAGUAAUACUGAUGCAGUAUUAUUACACUAGGCUGCAGGGGACAGAAAAUUUGAAGCCAUGACACCCUGGGUGCAGGUGGUAUGUGCUGCUAAUGUGCAUGAAUUCUUAUUCUAUCUAAUGGUAGCCUUAUAGAAUGGGUGGUAUUGGUAUGGUCCUUGAUAAGGCUUUCUGUCGUCCACCCUAGAGUGGUAAAUACCAUUAGACUUUAGAAAUAAAUAAAUAAUCAAAAAAAGUUAAAAAAAAAGCAAUUUCUUUGGCUAUUGACCCCUAGCAGGAUUUUCUUAUUGCAGAAGACAAACCAAUAAAAGUUUACUCAUUGUUUUGACUUCUGGGAAUGGCUGCAAGGGCCUAUUAAUAAAUGAGGGUGUAUACUAUUUUGCAUUCUUCAAUUAAUUAUUUUCAUAUUUAAAUUCAUUCAGAUUUAUACUCCAUUUAUUUUUUUUGCAAUUUAUUAUAAUUUUAAAAAAAAUUA